GCCAAUAGAUGCUGUUGUUGAGUUGGGCUGGGAUUAGCAGGAGGCGAAUGAGUUUCAAUUUUACUGGAUUACAGAACAAAGAAAGGGGAAAGGGACACCCUGCUCUGUUAAGGGAAAAAGAGAAAUUAACUAAGGGAAAAAAACUCAAAUAAUUGACUAUAACGCAUGUGAUCGAAGUCAACAUUUUGAUAAUGCGGAUUACGAUGUUUUAGCAGACCGUACACCUACAUUGUAGAUGGGAAUUGCGAGCGUGUCUGAUGGAUUAAAACGAGGGAAUAAACCUAUUCCGGGAUUGACAGCAGCAACAAGGCUAUUUAAUCGCUAAUUAAGAGGCAUGGCUCAGAUGAGGAAGCUGGCGUGUGAUGGCAUCAGGACAAACUCCCGAGGCGAGCCCCAGGUCCCGCUGGUGUCAGCCAGACAGGAGAUCCUCACCAGCCUAGUGUCUGCCCUGGACUCAGUGUGCAUGGCCAUGUCUAAGCUCAACGCUGAGGUGGCUUGUGUCACUGUACACGAGGACAGCGUGAUUGCUGUGGGCACAGAAAAGGGCAGAGUGUUCCUCAACUCCAGGAGGGAAAUCCAAACAGACUUCUACAAGUUUUGCCGGGUCCCAUGUUUGCAAAAUCUGACCACAGCAGAUGCCCAUACCAAAGACCAGGAAGGUGAUCUCAGCAAACUGAGUAAGGAUGGUGAACAUGGGAAACCAAGAGCUCCAUCAGACGCUCAGUCCAACAUCUUUGUUCUGAGGAAGAUGGUGGAGGAGGUCUUCACUGUGCUUUACAGAAAGAGUAUCCUGGUCCCUGUGCCUUAUGAAUGGAUCCAGAAGGACCCCAGCUGUGUGGUGGCCCAUGGUUUACCUGAGGGAGUCACCCUGAAGAAGCCCUCCGAGUAUGACACCAAGACACUAAUGAAGAUUUUGGAGCAGAGCCACCGCAUCCAUUUCACAGUAAAAAGGCCAGCAGAAGAUUUGUCUCGAGAAGCCAAAUCCAGCACUGAUGUAAAUCACAACUCUUCCACCGCCGUCAUGACACAGAGCAGCCACGGCCCAGGGAAGACUACUCCCCAGGUAGUCACGCCAUCAAGCCUCGCCACUUCUAGCAACUCUGUUCUGUCAAACUUCCUGUACGGCAUGCCUAUGUCCUCCAAACCCCACCCAGAUGGCAAGCUGGAUUUCAAACCCAUGUCCCUCCUCAACCUGGGCAAGGACAGACUGGCCAACUGGACAGCAGGGACAGACAAGAACUCGUCUGUCAAGGACUCUGCUAACAACGAUGAGACAACAAGACAACCUGGCGAGCAGGGUCAGAGCCCUCCGGGCAUCCACAUUUCCAAGAGGCUACUGUUCUCAAUAGUGCAUGAAAAAUCAGAAAAAUGGGACUCAUUCAUUCGGGAAACUGAAGACAUCAACACAUUGAGAGAAUGUGUUCAGAUCUUAUUCAACAGCAGAUAUGCCGAGGCCCUGGGUCUAGAUCACAUGGUGCCUGUCCCCUACCGCAAAAUAGCCUGUGAUCCAGGGGCAGUGGAGAUCAUAGGCAUCCCAGACCAGAUCCCUUUUAAGAGACCCUGCACCUAUGGAGUUCCCAAGCUCAAACGCAUCCUGGAUGAGCGUCAUGGAAUCCGCUUUAUAGUCAAACGAAUGUUUGAUGAAAGGAUUUUCACUGCUGCUGGCAAGAUUGCAAGGGAGGAGGGCAAGCAUGACCUGGGCUCCCCGCCUGAAGACAGCUUCCAUGACAGUCUAAGCAUCCCGCCCACCACAGCCGAGCUGGUCAGCAAUCCUCACAGCAGCAGAUCAACAAGUGCUUGUGUCAGCCCACUGGCCGACUGUGAAGCAGGUCCUUCGGGAGAUUGUGCUCCUUUGAAAAGGAUUAAAACAGAGCCUCCAGAUGGGGAGAUAAUUCAGAUUACAGUGCCAGAUGCUGGUAUGAGUGGGGAGGAUCUCAGCGAGCCUGUGGCUGAUCCUGUUACAGCUGCAACAUGUCCAGCUUCAUCCUCGCCCUCUGCUCCCCCAGUCCCCUCUGCUCCUUCUGCUCCUUCUGCUCCCCAUCACCUGAUGGAAAACCAUGCAGCUGAAGCUCUGCCACCCAGCGCGGUCACCCAGAGCAUCAGAAGAUCCUCUGAAGCAGGGAGUCUGGUGGAGGACAUCGGUGAAAUGAUUCUUCAGCUUCGGAGACAAGUGGAGAGCCUCUUCAGCAUUAAGUAUGCUGAAGCUUUGGGCCUCCCUGAACCAGCCAAGGUGCCCUACUCCAAGUUCCAGAUGUACCCAGAGGAUCUGUACAUCACGGGGCUGCCCGAGGGGAUCUCUCUCCGAAGGCCCAACUGUUUCGGAGCGGCCAAACUACGGAAGAUCUUAGCUGCUAGCAGUCAGAUCCAGUUUGUUAUCAAAAGGCCUGAGCUGUUAACUGAGCAAGUAAAACAAGAGUUGCCUUCCAUCCCUGUCUGUGAUGCAGUAAAUCUCAGGAGACUACAAAACAAAAGUGUGACCUCUAAAUGGUUUUCCAAAGACCUGGACACCAAGGACACUGCGCCAGUGACAGAGGACACAGCAGCAAUAUCUAAGAGACCUGGAUUCUCAGAGUGCUUGGAGUCCAAACUGUCCAGGAUCGAUCUGGCCAACACACUGCGAGAGCAGGUCCAAGACCUAUUCAACAGGAAGUAUGGGGAGGCAUUGGGCAUCAAGUACCCUGUCCAAGUGCCUUACAAGAGGAUCAAGAACAACCCGGACUCGGUCAUCAUCGAGGGCCUUCCCCCUGGAAUCCCCUUCAGGAAGCCCUGCACCUUUGGCUCCCAGAACCUGGAGAGGAUCUUGGCAGUUGCUGACAAAAUCAGCUUUACCAUCACCAGACCUUUUCAAGGACUCAUUCCAAAACCAGCACCUCGGCGAGUCACUUUACUAAAGAAGGCCUACGCCUCGAUAAGUGAUGAUGAUGAUAUUAACCGCAUGGGAGAGAAAGUGGUUCUUCGAGAACAAGUCAAGGAACUCUUCAACAAGAAAUAUGGUGAGGCUCUGGGCUUAGACCGCUCCGUCGUGGUCCCGUACAAGCUGAUCCGUGGCAGUCCAGAGUCUGUCGAAGUUAGUGGCCUUCCAGACGAUAUCCCCUUCCGAAACCCCAACACCUACGACAUUGUGUGCCUGGAGAAAAUCCUUCAAGCCGCUGAUAAAAUAGCAUUUAACAUCAAGAGCCAGCUCCAGCCUUUUGCAGAAAUCUGUAGCCAGGCUUGUAACACAGUAGGAACAGACGCCUCCACCAAUCGACGAAAGCGCAAGAGAGUCCAGGAGAGCAACCGAGCACCUGCCUCUUCUGACCAGGGGAUAGGAGCCAAUCAAAUUCCAGUGAUGCAGUGGCCCAUGUACAUGGUGGACUACAGUGGAGUGAAUGUACAGGUCCCCGGGAAAGUAAAUUACUUAAGGACAAACCCGGACUGCGGCAAAGGGAUGAAAGGAGGAGUUUGUCCAAGUGAUAUUCGUGACUCUUCCACAUGCAACACUAACACUUUGUCAGAGUGCUAAGACUAAACAGUCUCCAGACUGAAUCUAGCGAGCUGAAGGUUCGACUCUGUGAGUGAUAUCCUGAGUUUUGAGGAACAAUAGAAUGUACGUGGAUCAAAAUGUUGCAGGGCAAAGCUGGACUUUUCUGUCUUGUGCAGCCACGUGGUGCCAGCAAGAGGCAGAAAACUCGGCUUUUUGUUUUCCUUCUAAAGUUGAUCAUGACACUGUUUUUCUUGUUUAGCAAAGCUAAAAACAUUUAUAAAGUCAUGUUAUUUGCCCUUGCGCUUAUGAAGUAUCCAUCCACCGAGUCGUAUUGUUGGAUCCAGCAUUUGGUUGCAAUGUAUUACUGACAAAAACUGUCUUUGAUAGUGAUCUGGUUCUAUAAUAUUCAGAUAUUUGUACUUUUUAUUUAUUAUAUUUAUUGAAAUAUAACAUUAUGUGCAGGGAUGUAAAUUACAUUAUUCUGUUAUACAGCUCCUUGAGGAACUAUCACAACACUAACAGAUGCUACUAGUCACUCAGUAACUACACAAUGAUAUUGAACUAAACGGCAGCAAUGAAGUGUCUUAAUUCGGUGCUGGGGUGACUCAAGCCAUCAGAAAUGAAAUGACAUAAAAUGGACUUAAAGGUUUGCCCACAGGUGGAAGCUCUGCUCACAGUGGCAAGAGGCACCUGCAGUAAACAAGACCUUCAGUAAAUAGCCUUUUUAUGUUAGCACCACAUUAACAAUGUGUAAAAUAUCUCAUAUAAAGUCAGCCUGAAUGUAUCAUGUAAAGGAAAGAAUGGUAUGUUAUUCUGCGAUGACUGUCUCUGGACUAAUGCUAUUUAAUAUGCUGUACCUUAACGCCAAUUAGGCCUUUGAAAUAAAAUGUGUUGC